CGACGUCACAUCCGUUUUCUCGAUGCUGAAUGUUGGAGUGCAAUGGCGGCGUGCCGGGGAUCCUCGUCGAAAUGGUUUUUCACCCGGGAGCAACUCGAAACCACGCCGUCCCGCCGUUGUGGAGUAGAACCGGACCGGGAGCUCUCUUACCGACAACAAGCGGCAAACCUGAUCCAAGAUAUGGGUCAGAGACUCAACGUCUCUCAAUUAACAAUAAAUACAGCCAUUGUUUACAUGCAUAGAUUUUAUAUGCACCACUCUUUCACCAAAUUCCAUAGGAAUAUAAUAUCUCCAACCACCUUGUUCUUGGCCGCGAAAGUGGAAGAGCAACCUCGGAAACUCGAACAUGUGAUCAAAGUGGCACACGCUUGCCUAAAUCCCCAAGAACCACCUCUAGACACGAAGAGUAAUGCAUACCUCCAGCAAGCUCAAGAGCUGGUGAUACUUGAAUCCAUAGUGCUGCAGACCCUGGGCUUUGAAAUUACUAUUGAUCACCCACACACUGAUGUGGUGAAAUGUUCCCAGCUAGUGCGAGCAAGCAAGGAUCUGGCACAGACUUCCUAUUUCAUGGCUACCAACAGUCUACACCUCACCACCUUCUGCCUCCAGUAUAAGCCCACAGUGAUCUCCUGUGUGUGCAUCCACCUGGCGUGCAAGUGGUCCAACUGGGAGAUCCCAGUUUCCACCGAUGGGAAACACUGGUGGGAGUAUGUGGACAACUCUGUUACCCUCGAGCUGCUGGAUGAGUUGACCCACGAGUUCCUGCAGAUUCUGGAGAAGACGCCCAGCCGGUUAAAGAGGAUACGCAACUGGAGGGCAACACAAGCUGCCAAAAAGCCCAAGGGCGACAGCUCCCAGUUGAACGACAACCCGUUUCCUGGGCCUUCCAUGCUCCACGAUCAUGGUGAUUUGCCGCUUUCCGCCAAUUCAAGUUUCUCCAAAGCGAGCGGUGCUUUCGGCGUGGCCAUGCCUGGCCAGUCCGGAGCCGCGUCCCUGGACGCCUUGGCUGGGACGUACAACCCAGCUAGCCACAGCGAGUGGCCCCUGGUCAACCAGAGCCAAGCAGGUUACCCUUCCGCCUGUAUAAAACAGGAACCCCUCAGCAUCCCUCUCCAAGAGCCGGCAUACAGGACUGAGAAAACGCUAGACUUCAUCCCUGUUAAACAGGAACAAAAAGGCGCUGGUGUGAGCGGAGCAGGCAAGAAUCAGCCGCCACCUCAGUCUGCCUACCCUCCGCCCGCUCAGCCCCCUCCGCCGCAACCGUCUCCGGCUCCAAAGCUGUCCCUGGACAAAUACCGAGAGAAACAUGCCGCGGAGCUGGCGGUUUCUGGGCAGAAACGCAGUCAGGAACAGCACGGAGGAAUAAUGGAUUUCGAUGUGAGGGGGGAUAUGUUAUCUUCCUCCUCUUCUACCUAUGCAUCAUCCUCUUCUGCGAGCCAAGUAGACAAUAGAAAGCAUUCAAACCCCCACCAAGCAUCCCAUGGCGGUGGCGGGAUCCCCACCGCCUCCCCAAUGAAAAUCAAGGUGCCCUCCUCCUCGACUUCAGGGCAAGAUAGACGCCAUCACAGUGACAAACGGGACAAAGGCUCGCUUAAGCUCCGCCUGGCCGUCCCUGGGUCUGGUGGCAGCUCCCAACUGGAUAGAAGUGGACAACCAAUCAAAGAUGAGCUUAAGAUGAAGAUAAAAGUCUCAUCGUCCGAGCGCCACAGCUCAUCAGAUGAAGGCGUGGCCAACAACAUCAAGAGUAAACAUUCCAGCCCUCUGGUGAGCAAGGAGAAGCAACACCGCGGAGCUGAUCACAGCCUCCAUCGCCACCACAAGCACAGUCACCCACAUCCACACACGCACAGCGGGAACGGCGGGGCAGGCCCGCUACGGGGUCCUCCGGGACUGGCCAGCAUGGAAGGGACUGGGCUCCCUCCGCCCGGAUCCACCACUCUGUUGUCAUCGCGCAAAAGGGCGUACCCAGAGGUCGGCCACAACCACCACCCUUCCUCUUCAUUCUCCACUUCAUGCUCCAAAGUGAACAAAAUCUCCAAGGGUGGCACUGGUGCUGCAGGUACUACAUCUUUUUCUCUCCCCCUUUCCCCUCCUGGCUCCUCUCCUGUACUGCAGUGUGUCUCGUCUGGCUUGCAGCUCUAUGGCUAACCUCCCUCCCCCUUCCUUCCCUCUCUCUCUCCUCCUCCUUAUUCGUGUUUCUCCUCCUCCCCUCCUGUCAUACCCAGGUGGGCUGCGGACCUCUCAGCAGUACCCUCCUUCUAGCGCAUCGCCACAUGAAGUGGGAGAGCAGAGACACUGAGUCCACCGCUCUGCAGCCAUGGCCAGCCCAUGGAAAUGGAAACAAACUACCCACACAGCUCAGACUAUGCUCACCUCCCUGUUAAGUGCCCUAAGGAAAUAACUAUGAUAAACCCUUUACUGAAAGGCAGAAAAAACACUUAUCUUAAAAAAAAAAAAAGAAAAAAAAAAGAAGAUAAGUAUUGUUGGGACAUCUCACUUUCUGAGAGACGAGAAAGAAAAAAAAUUAUGCUUCCAGACUGUCAGAUCUCUGGGCUGUGACGCUCAGUCCUGUCUUUCUGUUAGUGUUGAAUCGCUGCUUGGUUCUCCUUCCUCCUCAGUUGAGUCUAGGACUGCAAAAGUGGGUGUUUCACCGCUUGGGCGUGGGAAAGUCUUCCCUGCAUUUCAGAUCUCCACAUGGAGGGAAAAAAAGUAUUACAAGUACUAUAAGAGGCAUGGAAGGUGCACUUUUUUUAUUUUCAUCUAUUUUUUUUUUAACAAUUAAUUUAAUUGAAUCACAUUUCUACGGUUGUAUGGAGGAAACCAGUGGCCAGCUGGAGAUGGGUUCAAGUUAUGUUUGCUGGCAUUCCAUUUAGUAAUGUUGAUGGAUUCAAAUUAUUAUUAUUUUUUUUUUAGGUGUAAAGUUUCAUCUCCUCAAUUUCUUUCUCGUUGUGAUUUCUUUUUAUACUUCAGUACUGUGCGUAUGAUUUGCAUGUUUCAAUCAUCAAAGGGAUUUAAAAGGAGAAUGCGUACUUGCUGUUUACAGAAAGUGGAGAUAAAUGUACAUACGUUUUUGUAUGUUUAAAGAAGAGAAAAAAGCUAUACCAUGACUACUCAGGUUUGGAGCUGCUUGUAAGUAUAACAAGAUAACUAUAAUACCUAUGAAAUACUUUUAUUUUGUUGAUCAACGGACUGGGCAUCAUGGGGUGAUUGAUUGCAGCAUUCCAGUGGUGUGUGUGUGUGUGUGUGUGCUUCUACCAACCUUCCUACAGGGGGUGGUCUGUGCUUUUCCAUCACAGUGAACAUCAGUUGAUGCCCUCAGUAACACAGGCACAUCUAACACCUACUUAUCACAUCAGAGCAAUGCAAUUUGUACCAAAAAAACAUAUUUUUUUUUGGGACCUAUAAGUAAACCUUAAGCUGGAUGCCAAAGGUUGUGCCUCAAAAAGAAAAAGAAAAAACAACUGACAAAAACAACAGUAGUGUGCUAUUAAAGUUUACAUAACCCUUUUUACUUUGAAGUGCAUCAUACAUAAUUUUAUGACAUGAAGCUGUAGCCCUUAGAUGUCAGCAGGGGAUUCAUGUAAGUAUUGUUCAAUCAGCCAUUGACGUAGUACUAUAUAGGAAGAAAACACCCAUGUUGGCUCUGUUCCUUCCCAGCAACAGUUGUUGAAAUAGUGACCAAUUGGCAAUAUGCAAAGUGACCUGCUGAAUAUCAUUUGGAAACCUCAAGUAUCUGCAGUGUGGACGUCCCUUAUAGGUUUUGUCACCGAUUUUCCUCAUUUACAUUUACAGCCAUGUACAUAUCUGGACACGUCUCAUAAGAGUUUCAGACUUUAAACUCCAUAUUGUUCCCAAAUGUUGACCUGGCCGCCCCUCUGUUCUUCACCGGGUUAUUCAAAAGCCGUUUGUACCCAUUAGGGAUUAACAGUUGGGCACACGAAGCAGAUGUGGACAAAUAAGCAUAACCCGCUCUUUAUAUCCUUUUUUUUUUCCUUUCCAUUUUAAUAUUACCAAUAAACUUCAAAGUCGCCACUACCCUGACACGGUAUA